CGACAAAGUCGAUUGUCUGUGGUUAUGUACCAGUGAUUGAUCAGUGAAGAAAAAAAGUGCCCCACACCAGCAGGGGUUGGCAAAUUGUUUUGCAAACUAUUUUAUCUGAAGUGUUGGAGUGAAAAUCAUCGAAUCACAUGAUAAACGAUGGUUGGUGGAGUGCUUUUUUCUAUCACGACGAAGAAAAUCUCGCUGAUAACGCAUAUUGUGUAGGCCUGGCAGACAAGCCCCAACCCAGUUCUCUCUCCCAAGAAGGAAAACUGGGUCGCCUGCUGUAACUGGAUUCUGCUCGCUCUCCACUCUCGUCUGCUUUCCUGCUCCUGCCUGUCCCCCCUGUCGCUGUCACUGGUGCGAGGAUGCUGUGCGUUGACUGCUGAUGACCUGGAAAACGAGAGCAAAACCAGCAGCACGGAAGGGCUUUCCUUUAAAUGGUUUUCCAUCUGUGGUGCCGAAAAACCACACCCUAGCAUUUGACCUGACCGGGCACGGAUUGGCGGAUGUGCUGUUGACGCAGGGCAGUGUGAAGCAGGAAGAGAGGCCCGAACCGGAUUGUUGAUUUGUUGGCAUAGUUGUUUAGAAUUGAAGAGUGAAUAAAUGUGAGAAAUUGUGUGAAAUUAGUCAAGAAAGUGUAUAUUUCAUCAUCACAGCUGUGUUAAUGUUGGCGCGAUAGUGAGUGGAGUCGUUGCAGAGUAUCGACGAGUUCUGAAGCCAGUUUUAUUUAUUGAGCAAGUCGAGAGAAGUAUAUGAUGAUGAUGAUGAUCGGCGGAAUUGUAUGUGUGAUGCAACGCGGAUGAUGAAGGCAAGAAGCGUUGACGAUCGAAUGCAAGCUGAAGCGGCGGAUCAGUCAGUCAGUAAAUAAAAAUAAUAAUGAAAGAAGAGCAGGGCAUGUAGCCCAGAUGUGAUCAGCCGGUCGGAAAGAUAGCGUAGUGUUGUGCGUUCGUUGUUUUACUUUGUGUUUUCUCUGUUAUCUGUUUUAGUCAUUUCACUUAGUGAAUAUAGUUGUGAGUGUUUGUGCCUGGCUGGCUGCCGAUGAAUGAAUUGAAAGGUAGCUUAUGUGUAACGAGCGAAAAUAAAACGAAAACAAAUUGCUGAAAGCAACCCAACGUGCAACGAGGUCACCAGAACUCUGGCGUUUACAUCACAGCUGUGACACAUGACUUCACGUGAUUUCCUGUGCUAGUCCUGAAGAAGAAGCAAGUGUCACAAAGUGAACAACGCUUUAGCGAAAUUGUGAGCGAAAAACUACCGGAUUUGAACUGCAGCAACAUGUCACUAGAUUCCAUGGGACCGUCGGCCGUCGGAGGAGGCAGCUCCGGCGUCGGCACUCUCUCCGGAACCAGAAUGAUCCACUCACUGAGCACACCAUCCGGAGUGGAUGGAACCAUUUCGGCCUCACAUUCCCGGGGCGGCAAAAAGCUGGCCGUCCGGAUCCAAAUGCUCGACGAUACCGUCACCAUGUUCCAGGUUCAGGCAAAGGCCCUCGGUAAGGUGCUGUUCGAGCAGGUGUGUCGCCAGCUGAACCUGCUGGAGGCGGAUUACUUUGGCUUGGAGUACCAAGAGGCUCCUUCCGGCACUAAAUACUGGCUGGAUCUGGAGAAACCAUUGAACCGACAGGUCGGUCUGUCACUCAUCGAACCGAUGCUAAGGUUCUGCGUUAAAUUUUACACACCCGAUCCACUGCAGCUCGAGGAAGAGUACACCAGGUAUCUGUUUUGUCUGCAAAUCAAACGAGACCUGGCGACCGGUAGUCUGCAGUGCAACGAUAAUACUGCAGCUUUGAUGGCUAGCUAUAUCGUGCAAGCAUCGUGUGGAGAUUACGCUCCGGAAGACUACCCGGAUCACACCUAUUUGUCAUCUUAUCGAUUCGUACCACAACAGGAUCAUACAAUGCAGCGGCGAAUAAUGGAGAAUCACAAAAAACAUCUAGGACAAUCACCGGCGGAGGCAGAUCUGAACCUGCUGGAAACGGCGCGUCGCUGUGAGCUGUACGGCAUGAAGAUGCAUCCGGCCAAGGAUCACGAAGGCGUCCCGCUGAACCUAGCGGUGGCCCAUAUGGGCAUCGCCGUCUUCCAGGGAAUCACUCGAAUAAACACCUUCUCAUGGGCGAAAAUCCGCAAAAUCUCGUUCAAGCGGAAAAAGUUCCUGAUAAAACUGCACCCGGAAAACUACAUGUACCACAAGGACACAGUGGAGUUUUUCUUCGAGGGUCGUAACGAAUGUAAAAACUUUUGGAAAAAAUGCGUUGAAAACCACGGCUUCUUCCGCUGUUCGACGGUACAGAAUGUUCAACGGCGGAAAGCUCGUGUUCUGUCUCGUGGUAGCUCUUUCAGGUACAGUGGCAAAACGCAGAAACAGAUCAUCGAGUUCGUUCGGGACAAUUACGUAAAACGACAGACGUUCCAAAGGUCUCAGUCUUUCCGUCAGGGUCCUCUACAUUCAAGUAACCGAAGCCAAUCACGCACUUCAUGUAACGUGAAUCAAAGCAUCUCGGCUCAUCCUUUACUUCCGAUCGAAACCGCGGAGUGGGAGCGUCGCAGUCAGAACAACGUCUUGAAGACGCCUUCUCAGAUGAGGAAACCAGCGGAUACGGGGGAGGAUCACCGAGCCGGCAGUCCUACCGGCCGCAACCGUUCUCAGCUCACGGAAGCCCAGGUGGAGACCUAUCCGACGAGGAGCUAUGCCCCAAUGGGAAUGGAUACAUCCUCGGCGGUGGACCACCACCAUCAGCCGGCGGUGGGCCACCAGGAUUCGAGUCGCUCUGCAUCACCGGGGGGCACAUGGAGUUCGCCGUACCACCCCAGCAACAACAACAACAACAACAACAACAACAGCAGCAGCAGCCAUGCGCGAGAAGCCGAUCGGGCUCGUGCACGUCAAGACGGUCACAGUUCCGGUCUGAACCACCGCCUCUAUGCCACUAUGUCCCCCAGUUACACUCAUCGCAGCCACAGAUAUACCACGCCGCCGCAGCAGCGUCGGGCCUCAGCCGGGCCGCUGGGGCAACCGGGGGAUCGCAGCAGUUCUAUGGGGGAGACAACGGUCUCCUCCACCAGCCGGGAGAGUGUUUUAUCGCCGGCGGGCAUUCACAUCAGGCGCUCUUCAGCAGCCCCGGCGCCGGGCCGCAUGGGCCCAUCGGGAACCAACAGCUCUCAAUCCCACCAUGCCACACUAGUCCUUUAUAACAAUACGAGUACCUAUUCGAUGUCUAAGUCCGUCAGCACCGGAACCGACCUGUCGGACGAUAUUGCCGAUAACAUUAUCUACUCGGACAUUACCGAUCUCUACCGUCGGGGCCAACGUUCCGAUCGGCACGUCACCGUCGAAACCAUGGCCAACGGGGGCGGUGAGAGCGCUAGUGCCGCCGAAGAUGAGGAGGAAAUUAUGGACGAGGUGUUAGAUGAGAACGUUAUUCGCCAAACGUACGUCGACGAUGACGAAGACGAGGACGAGAUCGACAUCCGCUACGCUACGGCGACGCAGAUCAAGGCGAUGACGAUCCCAUCUGGCCCCUCGGCGGUAACUAAUGUUAUAAGCAAUACCGUCGUCAGUGACGAUCUCUACGCCACGGUAAACCGUAAAUGUAAAACCAACAAACAACAGCUACCACAAUCACAACCAAUACAAGCCACUACAACUGCUCACCACUCUGGUAAACAUUUCAGUGAUGAAUUCAUAGACGAUAGUAUUAGAAAUUACAAUAGCCAUACCAAUAUAAGUAGCCACGUAAACGCGUCCAGUGUGGGUCAGCUCAACUCCACCAGCGGCGAUAUGUAUGCGAAAUCUUCAGCCCACUUCGACGAAUAUUACGGUGCCAAUCGGUACUCCGACACAUCGGACUACUUCAGCCACAGCCACAGCCAGCCGCACUAUUCUCAUUCGCCGAAUUCUCACUCGUUAGCCACAACCAUAACGCACAAGAACGGACUGACGGACGAUGACGAACGCUACUCCUCGGCCCAUCCACCGCCGGUUCAUCCGAGAACUUCCCAUUCGUUGCCACGGGCAUCGGAGUUGUCCAAAAUCGAUUCCCUAGAUUCGUCCUAUAGCGGAGGGGCAGGUGAUCCCCACUUUGUGGGUCAUCACUCGCUCAGUAACCUGCCCAGUUCCUCCAAAGUAACCAGUGAUUAUCUGCACUAUUCGACCCUGUUGAAAAACUCCGAUGACGGCAUGAACAGUAAGAAAACUUCCUCCGAACGGCUCGAGUAUGAACUGUCGAACGCCAACCUCUACUCGACCGUUCAGUACAAGAACGACUACGGCGACCAGGAUGACUUCGAGGACGAAUACGUCGGUGGCUAUCCGGGUGGCGAAAACGGCAUUGAGAAGGACGUCUGGCAGCGAAGCACCUCCUGCAAGGAGCUGUACGACUACAACUACGAUGCGGCGGGAAGGUUAGAUUUCACCAUGCUCGAGCGAGAAUUUCUGACUUCCGACCGCAUCGAUAGUCCGGUUACGCGUUACGACGAUUCGCGACACUCGAUGUACGUACAGAAAAAUCACUCCAUGGAUGUUAGCCAGGAGUUCCUGGCGGCGGACGUGAAAGUGUACUCGUCCAGCUACCCGGGAACGACCUACAAUACGAUUGAUCACAACAGCUAUAAACGGCAGAAUGGGAAUUUCUAUGCAAACUUUGAGUACGGAUCGCAGGAUGAUAUUUCCCACGAUAGCUAUGAACUGUUGGAGAAGUCCGAUGAUGAUAUCUAUUGUAAGGUGCCGGGAGAGGCGCACACACGAUCUUGCUCGUUGGAUUCCGGGAACUACAUUCCCACGGAUGACGAGAGUGUUUCCGAGCAUCAUCAGUCACACCCGCUGGCCCGGUUCGCCAAGUAUCGAUCGAGUUUGGAGAACAAAUCCAAAAGUACCGCCGAUAUUGAUGAUUUGGAUGAUAUCUUUCUGAUGGAGGAUCCGAGGGAUCUGCCACGGGAGAAGUUGUGCGUUAAAUCCGACGGGAAUUUCUACAAGCAGUUGAAGAAGUCGAUGGGAUCGAGGACGUCGAGUCCGGAGUCGCGCAGCGACUAUUACGAGUCGAAGCUGUCCAAGAGUAGUGACUCUAGUAAGAAGUCGAAAGAUAGUGUCUAUCAUACUGACAGUAAUAAGAAGUCGCGUGAAACGCUUAAAAGUAAGUCAGGGUCCGGUUUUAAUUCGCGUACUUCCAGUCAGGAUUCAAGGGAUUCCUUCGGAAUGGAUAUUUUGCUGACUAAAAACUAUGAAAUGCCGACGACUACCAGCAAAAAGGCUAAGUAUCUUAGUAAACGCUUCGACAGCAGUUCCCGUAACUCCAGUCAAGAUUCUAAGAGCGAUUACUACGAUGCCAAUGAUCAAGCCAUUGAGUUGGAAGAUCUGGAGUCGGAUGAGAUCUAUUCGCGCGUUAAGGUACAUUCGCACGACAACAUCCCCGGAGAGGUCGGUGGAGUCGCAACUAAGAACGCCGCCGGCGGUACCGGGUUCUACGAUAAUCAAAUUUACUCGUCCACAUUCCCAAGCGCACAGCCAAAGCCGGCAGGGAAGACAACAUCCAACGUGACGUCCAUUUCGUUGCAGAACGUCGAACUGGACCGCAACGCUCGCAGUUAUUCAUCGUACAAAUCUCCCGAUCCGGUGGUACCUCAGGCUAUGCCAAAACCAAUCGACAAGCAACCUCCGAAGGCCACACACAUCUGGCCGGAAGAAAUCGAAGGCCUACCGACUACGAUCAGCAGUGAGAGCCAGCGGGUCGAUCGUACCCGAGCUUUCCGCAGAAAGUCCGACAGUGAGAAUAUUUUCAGUUUCGAUAAGGAGAAAAUUGAGUCUCUAACCAGCAGUAUGAAUGAUGAAACUCCGACGACUGCAAUUCUGGUGGAAAGCAAGACGACAAAAACUAGUCCCGAUUAUCCGUUGACACCGGAGUUGUUGUCCGAGUUUGACAAACAGAAAAUCGAUUCUCCCCAUAUACUGCCGAAGCAGACACGUAAGGAAGAGUUGAUGGCGAAAACUCACUUUGAAGAGUACAACCCGAAGCUGAUUCUGGACGCUCCGAUUCCCGGUGUCCUAACCUACACCCAUGCUACGGUUGAACGUACCAAAUCCGAUCCCAAUUCCUUGGCCAAUCGUCCCCGUCUUGGUCCGAACUCUCGCCGUCACACGCUGAUGCAUCAGAAGUCGAUCGAUCUUACCCCGGCCGAUUCCAGCGAGGAAGAAUAUCUGUACAAGCAAAUCCCCAGUGCACCGCCGUUGUGUAAAUCACACGGCAGUCACUUCGAAAUCCCGCACAAUUACGAUAUGAACAUUCCGGCGGUCGAGUUACCUCCCAAUGGGUUCGAGGUACCGAAGAGUUUCUUCGCAGACUACGACCGUCGGAUGCAUAAGGUGCUUAAAGAUGACAUUCCGUACGUACUCCAUAAGAGACAUGUCAUGAACGGAACGGCUCCCUCUCCCGGUUUGCAGGACAAGCAGCAUCGUUACCCGAAACCAAAGAGUCCCAAAUCUCCCAAGAGUCCGAAGUCUCCCAAAUCACCAAAGUCCCCGAAAAUUGAAACCCGGGAUAUGGCAACGCAGAAGGAGAACACCCUACGGGUGAAAGAUGACUACGAACUGGAAACGACCGACAACGGGCAGGGAUUCCUCUUUACCCAAAAUAUUGAUCUGUCCAAGGUUGAUCCUGUCACCUUGGAGGUUGAUAAAUCUUCCCAAACUAUUCAGCUAACAAGCCCAAAGCGAGAUAUAACGAAAAAGAUGGAUCCCCUAAUGCUGGAGCAGCUGAACAGUAAGCUCAGCCAAAUCGAAAGCGACUCCGCUACGAGCUCCCGAACGGACAGCAAUCCCCAAAAGCGCCUAGAACCGAAACCGGUCGAGCUUCCCUACCAAAUCGAGAAGAAAAACACCGAACUAAUGGUCCCGAAGCGGGUCGUCAAACCCCGCAUGGCCCCGGUCAAAACCAAAACCGGAAAAGGCAAGAAAAACGCCAAAACUCGAAUCACUUCCUUCUCAUCGGACGACGAAAGCCUCGACUCGGACGACGUCUUCGGUUCGGCGGAAGCGAUGCCAACGAAGUUGGAGUUUUCUCCCCCUCAAUCGCGCAAGGAAAUCGAACCGAUUCUGAAGCACGAAUCCAGCAAAAUGGCUUCCAACGCUUGGGCUCGAGGUCAAACCAUGAGUUCAACUGAGAUCGAGGGUUCCCCGCCACAGUGUCGUAAACUAGCAGAGCUAGAAAGUCGCUACCAUCAGAACGCAAAUCUACAAACGCAUCAGAUGACCAGCACCGAAUUGCGGCGAAUUUCCGAACGAUCCUUUUCGAUCCCCAGCUCGGAAGACGAAGCCAAGCGGGAGGAAUCCACCAAAGCGUACCACAAAGCGGAGAACAUCCCUUCGCCGAUCAUCGAAAGCAUCGAAAUCCAUCGAACGGACGACGAAAUCUACGAAACGGCACGCGAGGACAAUUCGGGGUUUGCCAAAGGGGGUCUAAAACUAAAGAAACUCAAAGAGGACGGCACGCUGGGAACGCUGACGACGACGACGACAACACGGAAAGGUGAAUCCAAGCUGUCCCCGUCGAAAACGAAACUGAUCGAGGAAAUGAUCGACUCGUCGAUCGUGAUGCGCUCGAAGGGUCAUGCGCCGAUACUGUUCGCCCAUGCUCGGUUGAAUCUCAGCGAAGGUUCAGCGUUUGCGGCGCUUCAGCGCCAGAAAGCUACGCAGGAUUCUCCGACCUCCGGUCGACGGGCGAAGAGUUUGGACACUCCGGUGAUUUCCCUUCACAAACUACCGCCGAUGAAUGCUUUCUCCUCCAAAGAUGACACCGUCGGUUACGAAGAGGAAGCCGAAGUGUUGGAGGUGAAGUCACUUCAGAAGAAGGAUAAUAUUAUAGAGGAGGAGUUGGACGAAUCGGUGCAUUCCUGUGCCGACGCAAUCGUGGUGACCGAUCCGAAGGCAACCCGCAAAACUUCCACGAUCGAGGAGGAGGUUCGUAUGGUUAAAAUCGACGAAGACGAACUGGAGUUGUUGGAUCGGCUGAAGUACAUCGAAAAGAUCGAACUGCAAGGGGUGAAGAUCAAGGAAAAGCGUAAAACGAAAACCAAACUAAAAAGUGGGGAUCAACUCAUUUUGGAGAUUCCCAGGUACAAGUUUGAACCCUUUAGUUCGGGAAAUAGUUCGAUCAAAACGUCGCCGGCGAUCAGCCGAGCGAGCAGCGUCGAGAGCACCGGGAAGGCCAAGCAGAAAACGGACAGUGGAACGCAGACCCCCACCGGGGGAGCCACGGCCGUGAAGCAAAAGUGUAAAUCUACCAGUCCGAAGGGGUCGGAAAAGAUUCCCCAGCCGAAGCGACGCGCUUCGGAUGAGGUGAAGAAAACUUCCGCCAAUGAUAUUCUGCGAACGAAAAGUCAGGAAUCGCUCGGUAAGAAGAGUAGUGGAAAGGAGAAAUCUAAAUCGUUGGAUAAAAUGGAACUGAAGAGACUUGGCAGUAAGGAGAAAAAGUCCAUUGAGGAGAGUGAACUGGAAAGAGCUCGGCGCAAGGAACGCCAGCAGAAGUUGUACGAAUCGGCCAUGAAACAAACCAUUACCAUGUUGAGUCCGGUCAAGGAUCAGCUGCCGCAAUUCCCUGCACCGGAGGAUAAAAUUUCCGUUAAAACCGAGGGGGAUAAAAUCAUCAUUGAUGCCGAGGUUAAAUCGAAACCCGAAGAUCUGGUCUUCAUAGCGAAGGCACCGCGAAAGCUGGAUUGUGGUUUGGCGAAAAUUAGCCGAAGUUUUGAGGAUCAGAAAAGUGUUGAAAAGUUGGAUAAAGCCAGUCGGAGCUUUGACGAUCGCAGCAAAUCGUUCGAUGAUCAUUCCGAUCGAUCGGAACAUGGAACCGCAGACGAUAGCAGUAGUUUGGUGAUAAAAUCUCCCACUAAGCUGUCGAAGAGUCAGGAAUUGAAGCAACAGAUCGAGGGUUCGGUUGUGCACAAAAAGAUCGAAGGAAAGUCGAAGAGUUUGGAGAAAAAACCGGAGCCGCAGUACUUGGAUAUUGAGUAUAAGACGCGUAGUUUGGAUCAGAACUAUAUCGAUCACUAUGGGGAGUCUAAUUCACCGGAUUCGGAGGGUAAUUCUGGACACGGUAGAAAACAGGAGGUGGUGAAGGUUGACGUUCAUCGGCCGAAGGCCGAGCCUUCCGAAUCAGUUCGAAUGCGAGAUAGGAAGUCUACCGAUAGUGAUCCUAAAACGUCGGAUCACUCCAGGUUCGAUAAAGGUAAAAGCCUGGAUGCCAAUCUAGGUAAUGGAAAGGAUAAGGCACCGGCGAUCGAGAGGAGGUCCCAUUCGCAGCCGGAUGAGUUUACCGGAGAGCUGGAUAUGCAGGAUAUAAUUUCCGAGCGGCGGACGCUGGAUUUGAUGAAACGAAGAUCGGAGGAGAGGACGUUGGAUUACGGAAGUACUGUCUCUGAUAACGAUGAGAGGAAGUCAUUUAGACAGGGAAGUGAGGAAUCGUUGACUGAAGUUAGUGACAUGAGGGGUGAUCAUAGAGAACCAUAUCUUCCCUGUCGGGUUCCUACAAUAGAAUACGAGGAACCUUCGUUGGAGGAGGAUCUUGAACCGGAGCAGCAGGUAGAAAUUAAACCAUCGAAAAAGGAAAUAAUGGGAAAGCUUGCUCUGGAACGGAGCAGAAGCGAUGAAACCACUUCCUGGGUGACGAUUGCCAGCGAAGAGUACACCGGAACGGACGGCAUGGGUGCUCUGGAGAUGGCGGAAGAAACCAACGGAAUUAAGAAAAUCGAAACACAAACAACCUUCGAAGAUAUACGCGAUAUAACGAUGCCCGAAUCGGAGGUGUCCACCUCGGAUGUUACGGUUAUUCAGACGAAAAGUAAGAGUAAAUCGUCCGCCGAUGCGAAAUCCUUUGAUCGCCCGCUGCCCAAGAUACCGGAAAAAGGGAAAAAAGAUAAAUCUCCUCCGAAGGAGGAGCCAACGCCCACUGAGGAAGACGGUACAGGCAAGCAAGCUUCCCAAAGAAGAGGCGACUUUUUACGUCUGUCAAUUGAGCGAUCGCGAAGCUCUGACACCGGAUCUAGUCGUGAGAAUGAGAACAGUCCCGUGCGUCAGGAUUCCAGCACGCCCCGUGGUAAAGGAUCGCUGGAUGAGGAGUCCAGUUUGAGCUGUUCCAUAGCUCGUCCGUUGGGCAUUUCCCAGGACAUGGAUUCGAUGGAUCACAUCAAGUGUCACGAGCUGCGGGAAGCUAUGCUAAAGAUGGAGGAGACUGAGGACGUCAAAGCGAAGAAGUCGUCUCCGACGUUGGAGAAGCAAUGUCCGGUGGAUUUGGGUUCCGGGUCGGAAUUGGACGUGGAUACGGUUGAGGAUCGAAUUUCCCGGAUUCUUCAGCGAGAGGAGAGUGAAUCUAGCUCCGAUAAUGGUGCCCAGGCCCAGAAACCGAAGGUUGUAAAGCCAAUACGAGCUACGUUGAUGCACAAGAAGGUAUGCCGGACAGCUCAGCCCAACGAGAAGCAGCAACAGCAGACCACUGCGGAGCUAAAGUCCGGGACGCUGAAGUUGCUAAGCGCCGACGGCGAUCGUAGCUCUUUGGAGUCGAAAUCCAGCCUGGAGUCGAAGGGUUCGUUGGGAUCGUUCGAAACCGAAAGCAGCUCCGGAUCGCUUGGAGCUGCUCAACGCAAGGGUGACCUGCAGCAGAAGGAAGCCCUCUCGACGUGGAAACCGUUCCCGAUCGAGAGUUCCGGUAGCUCGAGCGUAGAGGAAAACUGGAUUCCACCGGAUCAGGAGAGCUACGAAAGUUUCGAUAUAGCUACCGAGACGAUCGAGCUGCAGAGGGUGGUUGCACCCGAACAGAAGGAGUCUUCACCGGAUGAGCAGAAGGAAAGUGAUUCCGAUUUUCAGGAUGAGCUAAAUGAUUUCCCGGCUACUUUUGGAUAUCCGGAGAUGACUUCCACACUCGGUAUAAGUAUUAAUCCGGUGGAUAUUAUGAAUUAUAGUACGUCUUUUGGGAUUGGAAGAACUCUGUCGAGAAUUUCGGAACGAAGCACCAAUUCGGAGAAAUCCAGUGCCGAGGAUAUUGAAGCGGAGAAAUCAAGUCUGGAAGACUUGAGUGUUCAAGAUGAAUCAGCGAUUUCCAGUGAACAUCAAGCAAGUUUGAGUUCGGAUCUGCACUCGAACUCGAAUCAAGCCUACAUCUCGGAUGCUGACCGACGAACAUCCGCGGAGAUGCCGGAUAUACCAUGUGAUUCGGCAGCGGCAGAGCGACUCUCGGAAAUCUACAAAAAUAAUGUCGUAAAGAAUGGACGCUUCACCGUAUCCAAUCUAGGUGAUGACGUAAAGAAAAGGCGAGAUGAGAAACCAAACCUCCAGUGUAUGUCGGCGGGUGGAAGUCAGGACUCGGAAGAUUGGCCGCUGCCGGAGAUUCCUUACGAUAGUACCCCGAUCGAGAGGUAUGAUCCCAAUUUUAUUCCACCACAUCCCGACAAGCCGUACCCUAAGCAGCACUGGGCUGGAUCGGCGGCUACCGGACAUUCCCAGGAAUCCGACAAUUGGCCAACUCCACCUUCUAGCAUGCUGGAAACGCCGAUAGUGGUGGAGAACGUUCAGACCUUCAGGGUUAGCGAGCCUCAACAUCCAACUCAAGUGAUGGUCGAAUCAUACACCGAACCUACGGGUGACGAUGAUUCCGAUCCGGACUACGCCGAAGUCCCUGAUGAGGCUCCCGAACCUCCCAGACGGGAUUACCGUCCUGCCAACGUCCCCAAACUCAACGUGUCAGCCUCCUCGUCUUCACAUUCGAUAACAACUCCAUACGAGAGUACGGUCUACACGAUCUCCACCACGGAAGAACCGGUCACCUACGAGGGCUAUGACAACAAUACAUGUCUUAGCAGUGCUUUGGGGUCAGCAAGCUGCCUGCGGACCACAAUCGACGCUUGCUCCAGUCAGAAACCAUUCUCGGGCCAAGGCAUGGGGAAAGAUCCAAGCUCUGAACGGGUCAUCAUUUCGCAACCAACGAGAUCCCCUCAGAAUCUUAGUCCCAUAACCGAUGACGACUUUUUCCUGAACGACGAAGUGUUCUGUCCGGGAACGGUCACAAUAGAAAUAUCCCCCGACGAUAGUAAACCUCCGUCGGACUUUGCGCUACCGCAGAAGUUCUCACGUAGUUCCAACAAUUCCGAUACAUCGAUCGACGAUCUGCUGUCGACCUCCUGUGCCACCUACAUGGAGGAAACAGUGCGUCGAAAUCUCGAACCACGACGAUUGAGCAACGAAUCAUGCAAGAAGUGUAGUCACAGUAGUCAUUCCGAGGAAGAGACUAGCUCUUUCGGAACUGAUCUAGAUGGUACGGUCAAAAUGGGUCUGCAGCAGAAACGCUGCACCCACAGUUCACAUUCGGAGGAUACUUCGAUUGGUCUUAGCAUUUCUGAGUGGUCUACCGGCACUAAUACGGUUCGGCAGUAUGCUAAUCUCUCCGGAUCGGACAGUUUGUCGGCCGUUUCGACCCAUUCGGGUAACGUGAAGAGUGAAAAAUCCAACCACACCAAGAGCAGUGUCAGUUCGGUGCAUAAAUCAACCGAAAGCUUGGACGAGAAAAGUGUGAGCCUGUCCAGUAACAAUAACAAACGAUUCUCGCUGGAGAACAUAUCCGAUGGUCCCAAGUACGAACCGUUCAGUAAUUCGGACACCGAUAAGUUUUCUUCCGGAACGAAAAGUGAUGAUACCACCCUCACCCUCACGGAGAUGGCUCAAACGAUUACGGAAUGGUCGACGAGUAGCAGCAACACGCUGAUUGCUCAAGCGGAAGCCCUAAAACACAUCGAAUCCAAGGGUGAGCGACCCUUGACCCGGACGACCUUCGAAUACAUUCCUCUGAAGCCACCAAAGAUAGUGAAGAAACCCGUAACCGACGACAAGAAAACCAUACCGGCCGUUCACAUGAAACCAAAACCCAAGCAAGCAACCCCUCCCCAGAUCGUGACUCCGGAGAUAGAGGUUAGACCUCCUCCACCGGACUUGAUCCCCCAAAUAGUUGAGCGACCGGUCAAAAUCCCACCCAAAAUAGUCGAAAUGAUCGAAAAAUCACCGAAACGAACAGCUUCCCAACCGCCACCAAUCGUGGAGCAACCCCUCCCUCAAUCUUCUACCACCCAGCUGGAAUCACCGCCAACGGCGGAACCUGAACUCCUGGUGAACAAACGACGCACGCUGGAAAUGAUGUCCCAGCGUUACGUCAGCCAGGACUGCCAAUCGGAGUCGGAACCCUUCUCGGAGCGUCUACCGCCAGCGGCGGUAUUCGACAUUGCAUCACCUCCGUCGAAACCCCCUCGGGGAGACUCCCUCCCAUCGGGCAGUUCGGUUCCGAUGGUGGAAAAACCCCUAGCAAAGCAUCACAGCUACGACGACAAAACUCUCUCCAAGUCGCAAAUCCGAGAAUACAAAUCCACCAAAAUGCGUCACAGUCAAUCAUUCCACGAGCACCUGGUCUCAUCGGAUCUAAACAAAAUCGUCGAAGAAAACAUGGGCAGUUCGUCGACCACCACUCACAGCAGUGAAGCCACGGCCAGCACCGAUAACUCCUCGCCCAUGUUUCCCCGCCCGGAAAAGCUGGUCCGCUGUUCGCCUUACUACUCUAGCAGUCUAAGUUCGGAGUCACCUCCGAUCCAACCGAUGCAGCAACCCCCGGUUCAGAAACCCCCUCGGAAAACAUCCAUCCCGCGAAAUUUGGCACCCAAGAGCCCUCCCAGUGGCAACGACACCGACAGCUCGCUGGAUUUCCGCCAACAGGACGCGAAGCUCCGUUCGCGGGGUUACCGAAAGAAGCGAACGGUUCCGCCGAAGAAAAGCCGACUCGAUAAUCGCCCCCUGGAACAUCAGGAGAGUUCCGAAUGCUCGGAGGGAUACUUCCCGGAGAUAGAAUCCGGUGGUUCGGACGUUAUCGAUCAACAGCAGCAGUACCAUCGCUAUCCAGACUUUGAGGAGGAACUCGAACAACUGCCCGAAGAUUACGAGGAUGAAACCUAUCGCGUGGAGGAUGAGCGCGAAAGCAAAAACGGAGGCGGUGUCUAUCCGAGUGCGUCCUAUUCGAACAAGUUCGAAGGAUUAGACAUGACGGAAAACGUCGACGAAAUGGGUUUCCCCCGGUACGAUCGACUCGGUCACAUAACAAACCCUAAUCUUUACAAAUCGGAUACACCCUCACCACCGGUGAAACCGGUUAGGCAACGAAAGCGGCAGGUAAAGCGUGACGACGGUGACGUUGAAUAUCAGGGCGUUCAGUACACGCCGGAAAGUGGCAGCUGCUCGGAAACGAAAGCCGGCCUGUCGGAUGAUGUUUGCUAUUCGAGCGAGGACAGCUUCGCCGCCGGAUACCGGCAUGCGAUGGGCAGCUCACGGUACCAGAAAAACGUCGAAAUCCCUUAUCCGGACUUUUUGUCCGACUACGAGAAUGAAUCGUCCUCCACUACGUGCUCGUACGCCCGCCGCAUGGAGCACGAUCGACAUCGGUAUGUGGAGCUGGAACAUGGCGGCGGCGCCGCCCCCGAGAGAUGCACCGACUCGACCGGAUUCGAUCUGCGGGCUCUUCCGCCGCCAAUCUACAUCGAGGGCCAGGGUUUGGAGGAGGAGGACGAAGAGGAGGAAGAACUGGAGGAUAACGCAAUCUAAGCAGACUGGACUGCACGAACGUAAACAAAAGAAAAACACGCUAAGAAGCCUAACCGAUCUCUCCCGAGUGCUGCCAUCUGUUGGUGAGAUUUUAUACUGCAUGUCAUCGAGUGUGUGUG